AUGUCGCAGCAAGCCGGGCCCUCGAGCGGCCCUUUGGCAGGCACAUCUUCGUCCGGCUACACCAAGUAUGCCAGCCUCCCCGACGUCGACACCUCUGCGCCGGACGUGUACGAAUACGAAGCACCCGCCCGCGACGCCUCCCGCUCCGGUCGUCAACGCUCCCGCAAGAAGAGAGGCGAAGAUGGUGCGCACGAUACGGACACGGACGACUCGAGCGACGAUUCGGAUCGCAGUGCGAAUCGCAAGCAUGCCGGCGACGGUAAGGGCACCUCCGAGGAUAUCGAUGGCUCGUCACUAAAGCGGAACGAUGCCGCUGCAAAGUUCAGCGGUGCUACGGAUCUAAAUGCGGACGGGAGCGAUUUUUCAGGGAGAUUGCACAAGAAGAGGACGAACCGAAGGGUGAGGGACGCAGGGCUGGAUACGUCGACGUAUGUCAUUGACGGAGCUGCUGAGCGAGGCCCGGAGUCAGUGGUGGAUCGUUUGCGAAGGCUCAAGUUCGAGGCGAGUCAGUUGGAGGAGGAUCUCAGUGCAGGCGCAGCGCGUACGAACAGUGAGGGAGCAUACAAUGGCCCGGCAAUGACAGAGCAGGUGGACAGUGCGGAAUUGCUUUCUCAGCUCAAGUUGCUACAGGAUCAGCUGGCCAAGUUGCCUGCGCCUUCCGUAUCUGCACCUUCGACCAGCGCAGAAGGCACCGUCGACAAGGAGGCUUUGCGGAACCUGUUGCAGCAAGUGAAGCAGCCGUCAGCUAGCUCUGCAUCUGAUGCUGCUUCAAAGACCGACGCUGCGCCAGCUGCAACAGCACCAGAAUCGCGAACGGCCGACAUGGCUCAACUGGAAGCACGCCUGUCCGAACUUGAAUCGACUCUAGGACUGGAACAGGCGCUCUUGGACGAGUCGGCGCCCGCCACUCGACCCGUGCUACCCACGCUCUCGCGCCUCGAGCACCAGCUCUCGUUGCUCUCGCAGCCGCGCCAUCUGGACGCCAUCAGUCGACGUGUCAAAGUGCUCGUCACCGAGAUGGAUCGAGUUCAUGACACUCGUCGCAAGCUCAACACCACCGACGCUGCAUCCACCACCACCGACUCUUCUGCAUCCACAUCUACCCUCACGCCCGCAGAGCACACCAAGCUGCAGCACCUCUUUGAUGUCUCGACUCGACUGGAGCCGCUUCUUCCUGUGCUUCCCUCCGUACUAGCCCGCCUGCAGACGCUGUCGGACCUCCACUCGUCCGCAGCGCAUUUCGGAACCGCACUGGAAGAGCUCGAGGACGGAAAAACGGAGAGGGAGCAGCAGGAGCAAGAGAUGGAGGAGCUGUUGCGCAAGAUCGAGGCGAACAUGGAGGAGAACAGAGGAAAGGUGGAGGCGAACCUGGAGAGUCUGCAGACGAGGAUGGAGGCGUUGAGUGAGAGAUUGGAGAAGGUGCAAGGGAGAUAG